AUGGCGGGCCCUGCCGCAGCUCAGGGUUUAAGCGUGGUCGCCUACCUUGGCAAUGUAUUUGCCAGUGUUAACUGGUUCAUGUGGCUGGGCUUGAUGAUUCCGUACUCGCUCUUCUUCUUUGCCAUCGACUCCCUGAUUGUCUGGCGUGUCAUCAACUGGUUUGACGCCAAAGUCUCUUACAAGAAUAUUCUCCCGGUACGCGCAAGUACCUACAUCCUGUCCAUCCUCAAUGAACAGUUAGGCAAGGGCGCCAUGGCCCUCUAUCUGAAUCGCCGCGAAGGUGUUCCGGGUUGGAAACUGGGCUCGUCCAUGUUGUUUAUCAUGGUGUGCGAACUGUUUUAUCUGGCCACCUGGGCAAAUAUAGGUCUGGCCCUGCAAUGGGACAACCUGCCGGAAGUAUUCAGGGGCCUGCCCUGGGUCGGUAUGAUCAUCGUCGCCUUGUUUGCGAUGGCAUUCCUUUACUUCAAAGGCAAAAUCCUGCCGAAUCUGAAAUGGCGCGACAAACAUAUUCUGCACGCCUUUCGCGAAGCCAGGCUGAGCCAGUAUCUGGUCAUUAUGAUCCUGCGUUCACCGGCAUUGCUUGCCGCGGUUGUGGUCUACUCUGAAGCGCUGAGUCUUUUUGGCGUUGAAAUCUCCUACAUGCAGAUGCUGGGCAUCUUACCGGUGAUCUUUUUUGGCGCUUCAAUUCCCGGUCCGUUUCGGGCUGUGGCCGUUUCUUUAUGGGUUAUUCUGUUUCCGGAAUUUCCCGCAGAAAUGUCAGCGUUCGGCCUGGUACAACACAACUUCUUCAUUCUGUUCAACGCCGUCAUCGGACUAACAAUCCAUGCGCAAGCAGCACCCGAGCAGCUGCAUCUUUUGAUACCGGGUGGUGCUGGUGGCGGUUGGGACCGCACCGCCCGCGGAGUGGGCACAGUGCUCAGCAGAACAGGCCUGAUCAAACAGAUACGCUACGAGAACAUGUCUGGUGGCGGUGGCGCCCGAGGCAUUGCACAUCUGCUGGAACGUCAAUCACCCCAUAUGCUGAUGGUGAAUUCCAGCCCCAUUGUCAUCCGCUCCCUGCAGAAAGCCUUUCCACACUCUUUUCGCGACCUGACGCCAGUGGCCAGCGUCAUUGGCGACUAUUCUGUUAUUGCGGUGCGUCGGCAGUCACCGAUCCAGAGCAUCAGCGCCCUGGCUGCUGCGCAAAAACAAAACCCCUCACGCAUUGCAGUUGCCGGCGGUUCCAUAGCCGGCAGUACAGACCACAUCGUUGCCGCAUUAGUAUUUGCCGGCUUUGCAGCCGAGCCGAAGAGCGUGAAAUACAUUCCUUAUGAUGCGGGGGGCAAAGCCAUGGCGGGCCUGUUAUCCGGCGAGGUACAGGCGCUGUCUUCCGGACUGGGCGAAGUCAUCGAUAUGGCACAACAGGGAUGGGUGAACAUAUUGUGUGUCACAUCUGCAGAACGUCUGAACCUGCUGCCGGAUACACCCACUUGCCUGGAAAGUGGCGCCCGGGGCGCCGUGUUUGCCAACUGGCGUGGAUUUUUUGCCAGUCCCGCCAUGCCGGCGUCACAGGUACAGGCUUACGCGGAGGUCCUCGCACAAAUGUACGCCACAAGUACCUGGCGAGAAAUCGCGGACAAUUAUGGAUGGGUAGACCUGUUUUACGCGCAGGCCGAUUUUGCAGAAAUGUUGCAUCAGCAGGAAACCGACGUCAGCGGCUGUAUUCUCCUGGCUUUCUGUUGUGCCUACGGCCUCCUUGCGCUGGAUAUACCCAGCACCACAACGCAGAUGGGUUCUGCCUUCAGCGCCCGCACCAUGCCUGCCGCGCUGGCCAUUGUCGGCAUCAUCCUGUCGCUGGCGCUGAUUUUGCUUCCCGGUAGAGCGCAAACCAGCAGCCAGGCGCCCAUCUACUGGCGCAAGGGUGCCGCAUUUAUCGUCUUGAUGAGCCUCUAUGGCCUGGCCAUCCGCCCAGGUGGAUUCAUUGUUGCCACCAUUGCCUUUCUCGCCGCUGGUUUCUGGCUCCUGGGCGAGCGCAAAGUGAUGACCCUGUUCAUACUGCCAACUGCUGUCGCGGUAUUCUUCUGGUUCUUACUCAGUGAACUCCUGGGUGUAUACGUUGCGAUUUUGUUCCUGGUUGGUGGAUGCCUGGCUGGCACUUUGAUCGGCAUGUUACCCGGCCUGGGACCGAUGACGGCAAUUGCGCUGAUGAUACCGAUCGCUUCAACAUUGGAGCCCACCACCGGCAUCAUCAUGAUGGCCGCUGUCUAUUACGGUGCCAUUUUUGGUGGCUCGACGUCUUCGAUUCUGAUCAACGCACCUGGCGUGGCAUCCACCGUAGCAUCCAGUUUUGAUGGUUACCCCAUGUCCCAGCAGGGACACGCCGGUAAAGCACUGGCCAUUGCCGCUGGCGCUUCUUUCUGCGGCGGCAUCAUCGGCGCCGUAUUACUGAUGUUAGGCGCGCCGGUACUGGCAAAAGCCUCCCUGCUGUUUCAAUCCAGCGAUUAUUUCGCGUUAAUGGUUCUGGGGCUGGUCAGUGUCGCUGCGUUUGCGGGCAAUGGCGGCCUGAUCAAGGCCCUGCUGAUGACUACUGUUGGUCUUAUGUUAUCAACGGUAGGCACCAGCCAGGCCCAGGGUAUAGAGCGAUUCACUCUGGGCAGCAUUGACCUGAUUGACGGCAUCUCAUUUUUACUGCUGGUGAUGGCUACUUUUGCACUGGCAGAAGCUUUGCUUGCAGUGCUGCGCACGCCCGCUACACAGUUGCAGAUUGUGGAAAAAAGCAAACGCAAAACGCUUGGCAGCAUGCGUGUCAGCACAGACGAAAUACGCGACAUUUCACCCACGGUCGCUCGAUCGUCUGUCCUGGGGUUUAUCAUCGGCCUGCUGCCGGGGGCUGGCGCAACCGUUGCCAGCUUCCUUGCCUAUGCAUCUGAACAGCGUAUCGCCCCAGCCAAUCAGUCACCCGCAUUUGGUGCCGGUGCCCCCCGGGGGUUGGCCGCACCAGAAGCUGCCAACAAUGCAGCAGCUACAGGUUCGUUUGUGCCUUUGUUAACCCUGGGUAUACCCGGCUCAGGUACAACCGCUAUUCUACUUGGCGCCCUCAUCGCCUACGGCAUACAACCAGGCCCGAUGCUGUUUAUCAACGAACCCGCCGUAUUCUGGGCCGUCAUCGUCUCCAUGUGGCUGGGUAACGUUGUGCUGCUGGUAUUGAACCUGCCGCUGAUACCCUAUAUCGCCAGAAUUCUGAUGGUCCCCGGACGGCUACUGUUGCCACUGAUUAUGUUUUUUUCAAUCAUUGGCGUGUAUCUGGUGAGUUUCAACACCUUCGAUAUCCAACUCAUGGUGCUGUUUGCAGCGGCUGCCGUUGGCCUGCGAUUGCUUAACUUCCCUAUGGCCCCGAUGAUCCUCGGCUUCAUCCUCGGCGGCUUGAUGGAGGAAAACCUGGGACGCGCACUGCUGAUCUACGACAACAACUGGUCAUUCCUGUGGACCCGCCCGCUGACAUUUGGCAUCUUGCUGCUGGCCGCUUUGGCACUAUCGGCGAACCACGGCCCGGUACCCAUUCUGUACUGGCUGUCGGGGCUGACCUGUAACGACGAAAAUUUUGUGCAGAAGGCUGGUGCUCAGCAAUGGGCCGCCCAAUACGGUAUUGCCCUUAUUGCACCUGAUACCAGUCCGAGAGGAGAUAGCGUACCCGACGACCCUGAUGGUGCCUACGACUUUGGUCUGGGUGCCGGCUUCUACGUCGACGCCACCCAGGCGCCCUGGUCCGAACACUACCGCAUGUACAGCUACAUCACGGUUGAACUGCCGGCACUGCUGGCAACCAUCGAACAACUGGACACCACCCGCCAGGGCAUUUCCGGCCAUUCCAUGGGCGGCCACGGCGCAUUGACCAUAGGGCUACGCAAUGCCGAUAGAUUUCGCAGCAUUUCCGCGUUUGCACCGAUCAGUAACCCCAGCAACUGCCCUUGGGGACGUAAAGCCCUGGCAGGCUAUCUGGGCCCGGAACAAACUGCCUGGCGGCUCUACGAUGCCUGCGCUCUGCUGGAAGACAAAGCGCCAACGAUGCCUAUCCGCAUUGAUCAGGGUGAUGCAGAUGCGUUUCUGGCCGAGCAGCUUGCGCCGGAUCAAUUUCUUCGCUUGUGUAAGAUGCGCAAUCUGCCACUCACCUAUGAGUGGCAGGCGGGCUACGAUCACAGCUACUUCUUUAUCGCCACUUUCAUGCGCGAACAUAUUCAGUUUCACGCCCAGUAUUUAAAACGUUGA